CCCGGGCUGAAGCAGGGCCGUUGUCUUUCUAGCUAUGACAUGGUGCACUAUGGCCACUCCAACCAGCUGCGCCAGGCUCGGGCCAUGGGAGAUUACCUGAUUGUUGGAGUCCACACCGAUGAGGAGAUUGCCAAACACAAGGGCCCCCCUGUCUUUACACAGGAGGAGAGGUACAAAAUGGUGCAAGCCAUCAAGUGGGUGGAUGAGAUUGCUCCAGGAGCUCCGUAUGUCACCACACUGGAAACCCUGGACAAAUACAACUGUGACUUCUGUGUGCAUGGUGAUGACAUCACCUUAACGAUAGAUGGCAAGGAUACCUAUGAGGAAGUGAAGACAGCGGGGCGAUACAGGGAAUGCAAACGUACCCAAGGUGUGUCCACUACCGACCUCGUUGGCCGCAUGCUGCUCAUGACUAAGGCUCACCACAGCAACAUAGAUGAGGACCUAGACUAUCGGAAGCACACUGACAACUUUGGGAAGGGGCCAAAAGGUCACAGUCCCUGGACCGGCGUCUCGCAGUUCCUACAGACAUCUCAGAAGAUCAUCCAGUUUGCAUCAGGGAAGGAACCGCAGCCAGGAGACACUGUCAUCUACGUGGCUGGAGCCUUUGACCUGUUCCAUAUUGGGCAUGUAGAUUUCCUGGAGAAGGUUCACCAGCUGGCAGAGAAACCCUACAUCAUUGCUGGGCUGCACUUUGAUCAGGAAGUAAAUCGCUACAAAGGAAAGAACUAUCCCAUCAUGAACAUCCAUGAGAGAACGCUCAGUGUCUUGGCCUGUAGGUAUGUCUCAGAAGUGGUGAUUGGAGCCCCCUACGCUGUCACUGCUGAUCUGCUGGAUCACUUCAGGGUAAUGCUUGUGUGUCAUGGGAUGACUGAGGUGGUGCCAGACAAGGAUGGUUCUGAUCCAUACGAGGAACCAAAGAGACGUGGCAUUUUCCAGCUUGUGGACAGUGGCAGCAAUCUCACCACAGAUUUAAUUGUGCAAAGAAUCAUCAAGAACAGGCUGGAGUUUGAAGCUCGGAACCAGAAGAAGGAAGCAAAAGAGCUGGCUGUGUUGGAGGCCAUGAAGAGACUGGAAGAGGAGAAGCACUAGGCCAGCAGAGAGCCGAUGUGCAGGUUGCAGAGCGCUGCAAUGUCACCCUCUUGAGGAGCAGACAGCUCUUUGAGAGGGGACCCCUGAAAGGGGACACUGCUGCCAGCAUGCAGGAUGUGCUGUCCUACCCAAUUCUGUCCUAGCUCCUCCUGCACUAAUUAUGCAGACGUAACGAGUCGGGAUCCUGCUGCCUAGUUUUUCCUCCGUUAAUCAGCCCCUGUCCCCUUUCCCAGGAGGAGAUUUGACAA